GGAUGGAAGUGGUAGAUUUCUCACAAACAUCACGGUGGGCCCCACCUAGACUCCCGUCGCAGGUCCGUGCUCGUUGACUCUUCCUCCUGAGCCAGAACCCCUACUUCCCCUCUCUUCUCUCAGCUUGCAGCAUUUCCAGUGCCAGUCCAUUGCAAGAUCUACUCGCAUCCAUGGCGCAGGCUCUCGUUCUCCUCUCUCUCGCCCUCCUCUUCUCUUCGACGGCUGCGAUCUCCGACUCGUCCUUCAUACUCGGGCACAAGAAGGUCAGCCUCUCCAAGCUGAAAUCGGGCGCCGAGCGAGUCUCCGUCUCGAUCGACGUCUACAACCGAGGAUCUGCGACUGCAUAUGAUGUAAGCCUCGUCGACGAUAAUUGGUCUCAAGACAUAUUCGAUCUGGUCUCCGGCAACACUUCCAAUUCAUGGGAAAGGCUUGAUGCUGGAGCUGUUGUGUCUCAUUCAUUCAUUCUGGAAUCCAAAGUCAAAGGCAUGUACCACGGUGCACCUGCGGUUAUCAAAUUCCGCAUCCCUUCAAGGGCAGCACUGCAGGAGGCAUUUUCGACCCCCAUACUGCCUUUAGAUAUCCUAGCAGAGAGACCUCCGGAAAAGAAAUUUGAAUGGAGGCUGUUAGCGAAAUAUGGGUCACUGGUUUCCGUGCUUUCCAUUGUCGGCCUGUUUGUAUACGCGGUCAUAAGCCCGUCGAAAUCUAGUGCUGGAAAAGCAAGCAAGAAAAGGCGCUGACCACUACGAUCUUUCUACAGUUGAUCUUGAGGUGACAUCAUGCCCUUGCAAAUUCUGUGAGAAAACUUACCAAUUCGGAUUGUUGUUUUAAUUGCUAGUGAUAAUGAGAAACUGUAGAGAUGAGCUUCCAUUAGCUCAUCGCCCAGGCAUUGACAUUCUUGUUAUUUGGUGGACCAGCUAAACAAAAUGGGGUAUAAUUUCGGAUUAUGAUUUUUUGAGACAGUUAAGCUAUACAUGGUCAGUACUCUGGCCUUAACCAUUGUGUUCAA